AUGAGACCAUUUUUGCGAGCCGCAGCUUUUUGCGCGGCGAGGAGUCGUAUUGCACCGAGCCGUGGCUUCGCGACAUCAUGCCCGGCUGCUUUCAGAGAAACGGCUUUAAACAUGAGAUCUAUAUCAAACCUUCAUAAGCCGUUGAAGGCCCCAAAGAGCAAAUACGAGACCUUCAGGGCCAUGAUCCUUUCCCAGUUCAACGUCGUAUUGGAGAAGAUGGGCGGUUACUCGGAAACAAACAGAGAGUACCGCAGCUUUGGCAUCCGUAGCGAGCAUGGGCUUAACAACGAGAUCCAACUUUUCCGCGAGACAAUACAAAAGUCGAUACACAUGGCGAACAAGGGCGCAACGCUGCGCAAGGAAAACCCGCUGUUUUGGACGUUGCGCAAUGCGUUUAUCCGGGGCGAUGUAAAGGGGCUGACAUCUGAGUUGCAUUAUUCGUUCCAGAGCUUCAUGAUGCGCUCGAAGCUGUCUAGGUCGACUGCCAGGCAGAAAAAGUUAGCCGACAUGCGGUUUCCGAUGGAGUGGUUUCCUGCUACCCGAGCGAUGCAGCGUACCAUCCAUCUCCAUGUUGGACCAACAAAUUCUGGAAAGACCUACCGGGCAUUGAAAGCGUUGGAGAAUGCAAAUUCAGGCAUUUACGGAGGUCCUUUACGUCUCCUCGCUCAUGAGAUCUACUCACGGUUCCAGGCAAAGGGAAAGCCCUGUGCCAUGGUCACGGGGGAAGAGCAACGUAUACCGGAAGAUGAGGAUAACUACUUCAUCAGUUGUACCGUCGAGAUGACGCCCCUGAAUCGCAUGGUCGAUGUUGCGGUGUUGGAUGAAAUUCAAAUGAUUGGCGACAAAGAACGGGGGUGGGCAUGGACGCAGGCUUUACUCGGUGUAAUGGCGAAGGAGGUCCAUCUCUGUGGCGAGGAGCGCGUUGUCGACCUCAUCAAAUCGAUCUGUUCCAGUAUCGGUGACAAGUGUAUUGUUCACCGCUACCAGAGGCUGAGCCCCUUGCAGACGAUGAAUGAGAGUUUGGGCAACGAUUUGACGAAGUUAGAAAAGGGAGACGCUGUCGUGGCCUUUACCAGAGUCAACUUGCACGGUUUAAAGAACGCCAUAGAAGAGGCGACUGGUCGCCGCUGUGCCAUCGUCUACGGCUCGCUGCCACCAGAGACUCGAGCCCAACAAGCUGCUCUGUUCAACGACCCCGACAAUGACUACGACUUUCUUGUUGCCAGCGACGCCAUUGGUAUGGGCUUAAAUCUUGAAAUCAAGCGCGUUAUUUUUGAGACGGCAACGAAGCACGACGGGACCCAGUAUCGCGUCUUGACGACAUCUGAGAUUAAGCAGAUUGGCGGCAGAGCGGGCCGAUACAAGACAGCGAGACAAGCAGCAACACAUACAGGUGCCACUGAUUCCGGCACUACUGUUGUUGAAGAGAAGAAGAUGGGCUACGUUACAACUCUAGACGAUGGAGACCUGCCGACCGUAGCAGAGGCCUUUCUGAGUGAUAUCGAGCCUCUUGAGGUCGCCGUCAUUCACCCACCAGCGUUCGUUAUCGAACAGUUUGCCGAGUAUUUCCCCCCUGACACGCCCUUGAGCUUUAUUCUUCUCCGCCUUCGCGAGAUGGCUCCUGUUUCAAAGCGAUUUGCAGUACACGUCCCAGAAGCCGCGCUCCAAGUUGCCGAUGCCAUUCAAGAAUUCCCCAUGACAAUCCAGGAACGCAUUGCCCUCCUCCACGCGCCUGUCAGUCUUAGGGUCCAAGGUAUGGAAGAGAUCGUACGGGCGGUUGCGAAGUGCAUUUCGACGCGGCGUGGCGGCGCGUUAUAUGAGAUCGAGCCGAUCAAUCUAGAAAUCCUCGACGCCACCCUUGAGGACUUCCAGGGCCAGGGCAGGAAAUACCUUCGAUCCGUCGAAACGCUGCACCAGGCCAUCACUCUGUACCUGUGGAUAAGCUACCGUUUCCCGAGUAUCUUUGUGAGUCAGACGCUCGCCUUCCACAUCAAGGCUUUCGUGGAGGAGAAGAUUGAGCACUACCUCGCGCAUAACACAGUCUUCAGGUCCGACACGCACCAGCAGCUCCGUGAGCGCCAGCGCAAGGAGGCGUUGGAGCAUAUGUCCAAGCAGGAAAAGCUCUGGGCGGAACAGAAUGAAAUUGAAGAGGUCGAUGGCGCGGAGGGUAUUGAGGCUAGUACCCUCGUCGACGAAGGCCAUGAGCAGUGGGGUGAGCCGGGGCACGAGGAGCCCCUUGUUGGAGACGAGAGUGAGUUUGAGGAUUUGAAAGAUAAGCCGGUUGCAAACGAAACUCCCGUCGAUCCUCUCCAGGGUCAGAGAGAAUCAUCGUCAGUCGGUUGA